GGGUAUGCCUUAGUCAUUUCAACGUAGAUGUUUGAAGAAACGAAAGUUAAAAAUGUGAGAAACAAGAUAUGGAAUACAGUUUGUGGAACUAAAUAGAUUGAUUAAUCAAUUGCAUUCCCUAGCCUCUCUAUGACUACCUCUAUAAUAUUCUUCAAUUCCUGGAACCAAGUAACCAUUAAUUCCCAUUUACAUAAUACAAUUCUUGUUCACACCCUGUUUUAAAUAUGAACCAAAUCUGUAUAUUACCUUGCAUUGAAUAUCCAGUUUUGAUAAAGUCUUUUCAGCCAACUGUUUGGAUUUGUUCCGUGUAGUGAAAUGAGGUUUGACAAAAAAAUGCAUUAAUAUUAUUGAGAGCAAAUCUAGAUUGUUUCAUGUCAUUGCUCCAAGUUGAGGACAAAUUGGAUUAUUAUGAAAUUUAAUCCAAUGAGAUGGGACACAGUGCCUUCAGUUUGAUAGGAAGAAAGAGGUCAAGACAUGUAUAUUGAGUGAAACUGAACUGUCUAUAAGAAAUGCAAAGAUAACCCAUAGUUCCUUAAAUUUAGGUUCCCAAUCAUAUUUUUAGCACCAAAGGAGUGCAAGUGAUAGUUAACUCUACCAUGCACACAAUGUUCACCUCUAGAGGCUAGACGUAGAUAGACGGUCACCCGUAACUAGCAUCUAGUUGUCAUCUAGACGUGUCUUAGACUGGAUGCCAAGCCCUCGACUAGCAUCUAGUCGUCGUUUAAACGCUCUAGACAACCAUCUAUGCGAACACUGCAUGCACAUGAAUUUGCUUAAAAAAAAGCAUGCACAUGAAUCACGGAGUCAUGUAGAAACUAAGUCAAAGGUUAAAUAAGUUGCUUAUAGCUAAUGUCUUCUCUGCUUCUUAACUACUGCAGCCUAUAUUGCUCUGCACAUCUUAAUGAGAUGGCACCUCCAAGGGUUUCCAUGGAAAAAUUUAAUGACGCAGUUAAAUCCAUGACUAAUAUUGGUAUCCCGAAGGAAACUGUUGUGCGAGUAUUGGAGAAGCUACUGCCAUUGUAUGAUGACGACUGGGACCAUAUCGAAGCUGAUAACUAUAGCGCUCUAGUUGAUGCUAUAUUUGACGAUCCAGAUCCCACAGAAGGGCAGAAAAUGCGAAAUGAAAGGAAGAAUCUGGAUUCAGACAACUGUAGCAAGAAGCUUAAGAUUAAAGAGCGUGGUCAAAAGUCUAAAUCCAAUAUUCAUGGCAAUGGCAAGAGAGAGUCAGCUGAAGUGCCACAUCAGCAAGAAGCAGAAGCUCUCGAGGGGAAAGCCAUUGGAACCAAAUGGCAGAAGCCAUCUUCACAAUUUUUUAGAAAGGAACCAAAAAUGGAAACUAGUCUUGCAGAGGCUACAACAAUUGGUGAAAAUAGUUCUGCUUUACUAGACAAUUACAAUGUUGAGACCCCACUGGCAAUUAUGAGUCCACAAGUUCUAGAACCCAGCCGUCAUAGAGUUAAAGUAUCUUUAGAUAAUUAAUUCUCAUAUCCAUAGUUAUUAGGGCAUCACAAUAGUGUCGCCAUAUCGUCGCUAUAUCGCCACGGCAACGCCAUGGCUCGAGCGCCGUACAUACGGAGCCGCGCAGGGGUUAUGAGCCGUCAAGCCUUCCUGCUCCACAUUGGCUGCCCUCCCCGCGUUGCCCGCCAGCAAGCUCGGACCUUGGCGUUGGCGUGCUUCUUGAUCUGUAGAGCAGAAGGGUAGAUCUGGGUUUGAACGACCUGAUCGAGGGUCGGGGUCGACUUUGGGACGCCGUCGAGACACCCCUGGGACGCCGCCUGGAGAGGAGGGGGAAGAGAGGAGAGGCGGUGGCGGCUGCUUGUACAACUCGUGGAGUCAUGGUUUGUGCAAGUGAUUUGUGAUGGGAGGGGAAAACUGUGCCGCUAGGGCAAAGAACGGGAGGUAGUGGGCUGGUUUAGUGGGCUCUUAAGGUUUUUGUUUGGCUAAUAGGCUGACUAGCUGGGUGUAUAAUAAUGGCCCAUCAAUAUUAUUUUUCCUUUUUCAUUUGAUAUAUAUGUACUGAUUAGGAUUACUCUUGUAUAAUUAUAUAACUCUUAUUGAAUAACACAUGUAUUAAAGGUGGGAAGGUGGCGGGUCGCCAUACCGCCAUAAUAAUUAUGCUCAUACCAGUGUUUUUAAUAGUGCAUCGGUAUCCACCUUUUAGACUUUACUGUUUUCUUUUGUGGACUCCCACAGUUAUAUGUAUUCUAUUAGAUUAAAAAAGGGUAUAGGCCAUCAUAUCUGUUAAAAAAGGGUAUAGGCCAUUGGCUUGACUACUUAUACAUAUUCCCUCCAUUCCUUUGUAGAUGUUGUUUUAGGAACUUGUUUUUUGUUCUCAAAUAGAUGUUUUUUUGGGUUUUACCUAGGCAGUGUUUUCCCAACAAACCCUAUUAAAAAGCUAUAAGAAAUUGGUAUUGGGAUUGUAUGAGUGGAGUGGGUUGGGUGCCAUUAAUUGGAUUUGGUUAAAGAGGUGGGAUAAAUCAAGAGGGGUUAAAGAGGUCGUAGAAAGAGGAUUUGGUUGUCACCUUCUUCUGUGUGUUGGGGGCUAAAACUGGUAUCUAAACAAACAGUGGGAGUAUUCUACCUAGGUUGGUCACAUGAAAAUGGUAUUGAUAUAUUCAUCUUCGAAUUACUUUUAUAGUACUACCUGUUUAUAGUUAUACAUGGAGUAAAUUUCAGAUGAUAGGGUGCUAUUUUUGUUAACUUCAGUGCUAUUUUGUUCAUAUGUUACUGAACUCUUCGUUUUCUACUCUGAACAAUUUGGCUAAAAGCCCUGGCAUCUGUACGCUUAUUUGUGUGUAGAAACUUUAGUUUCGUGUGUUGCAAAAUUUGAAUUUUGUUAGACCGUUUUAACUCUUUAUGAUGAUGUUGAUAUGUGUUUUAUUUUCAUACCCUGUUUUUGUCCCGCAUAAUUUGCAUCAUCAUGUGGCUCUCCUGUCCAUAUCCUUUUCUUGAGUUGUCAAUUGUCAUACUUUUUAAGUUCUUACCAAUUUCCUUUUCUAUGUUGUUACAAAAUACUACAGGACAUGAAGAUGAACACAUGACUUCUGGUGUGCAGCAUGCUGCUGAUCAGAAAUUUAAAGGUGUCCCGGUUGCGCACGAAGGUCAUAUGGCUGAUGCACGUAGCACCCAAGCAAUUGUAAGGAGCAAAGAUUUUUCCACCAACUUUGUGGUAGAAUUGUCCAACUAUGGAAAUGGGAAACUAUCGUUCUCAUUCAACUCUUCCUUGGGAAACCGUUCUGAUUUUCAUCUGCCUGACAUUGAAUCAAUAUGCAAGGCAAUGGAGGCUAGAUGCCUCAGGACAUACAAGAUCCUAGAACCCAAUUUCUCUUUCAUGAAACUUUUGGAUGAUACUUGCCAGUGUAUUCUUGAUCUGGGUUCUGGAUCUUGUGAUCCUAGAGAGAGAAGCAUUGUACAAGUACUUCCAGCCAUGGACGUUUUAUCUAAGCCUUUAGUGCUGCAAUCAUUGCAGUCAAAUCAAGCUAGUUCCUCAUACAUGCCUCUUAAUAAUCUCACGAGGCUUGGUGGUAGUGCUGUUGCCGGAGUUAGCCAGAAUAAUUCUAGUAAUAUGCAGGUUGUUCAGCAUCAACUACCUAUUAGUGUCAACAGACAAUCUCAUGAUGUCAAUGAUAUAACAAAAGGCGAAGAGCGUGUGAGCAUUCCAAUAGUUAAUGGAGUUGAAGAUGGGGUUCUUCCUCCUCCAUUUUUCUAUAUACCAGAAAACAGCAUAUUCCAAGAUGCUUAUAUCAGCCUCUCACUUGCCAGAAUUGGAGAUGAAAAUUGUUGUUCUGAAUGUUUUGGAGAUUGUCUAGCAGAGCCACUUCCUUGUUCAUGUGCAGCAGAAACUGGAGGAGAGUUUGCUUAUACAAGAGAUGGCCUGCUUAAGGAAGGAUUUCUAGAUGCUUAUGUCUCGAUGCUCCGAGAACCACGUAAACAUCCCCACUUCUACUGCAAGAUUUGUCCAACUGAAAGAAUUAAGGCUGAAGCAAACUCUGAUUCACCAAACGCGAGGGCGAAUCCCGGUCCUUGUAAAGGGCACCCAAUUAGGAAAUUUAUCAAGGAAUGCUGGAGAAAAUGUGGUUGCACCAAAUAUUGCGGAAACCGUGUGGUUCAGCGAGGCAUUACUCGCAAUCUACAGGUGUUCUUAACCUCUAGAAAAAAGGGAUGGGGACUGCGCACUGCUGAAAAACUUCCUCCAGGUGCUUUUGUUUGUGAGUAUGCUGGUGAAAUAUUAACAAACAUUGAGCUAUAUGAGCGAACAAUCCAAAAGACUGGUAAUGCAAAGCAUACAUAUCCUGUGCUAUUGGAUGCUGACUGGGGCACUGAAGGUGUUCUGAAUGACGAGGAAGCCCUCUGUUUAGAUGCUACCUUUUACGGUAACGUGGCAAGAUUUAUAAACCAUAGGUGCUUUGAUGGUAACAUCAUUGCAAUUCCUGUUGAGAUUGAGACGCCCGACCACCACUACUAUCAUCUGGCGUUCUUCACAAAUAAGCAAAUAGAGCCUUUCGAAGAACUGACAUGGGAUUAUGGAAUUGAUUUUGAUGAUGUCAACCAUCCUGUCAAGGCAUUCAAAUGUCACUGUGGAAGUGGGUUUUGUCGGGACAAAAGGCGCUCAAUUGUAUGAUUUGUCACUUAAAUUACAGCUGACUGCGAAGGUUGAUAUGCUCCCACAGGAUCUAGAGCUAGAGACCUGGUGUUAUCGUGAGUUCUAGUUUUCAAGAGACUCAAGGUAUAGUGAAGACACAGUAUUUUGCUCUCUAGUAUUCAGCAGUCAUUCAAGAAAUGUUGACCAACCAAAUUAACUCCAUAGACCAUAGAAGCGUUUUUUGGCUGUUCGUUCUUUUUGUCAGCAAGAGAUGUAAGCAAUUCUGGAAUGUGGAUUGUCUGCAAAUGGAUUUAAUUAGGAUAUUUUAGGAUUCUUUAGAGCAUAUUCCUUUGGUUAUUGGGAGCGUCCCUACCUGCUGCAAUAUUCUCUGCUUAUGAAAUGUGUCAUUUCCUUCGUUCAAAGUCUAUGCGAACUC